AUGGAAAAUAUCAAAAGUGAAAGUCAUUUAUUAAAAUACAUUUUCGGAGAUGUUCCAUUUGAACAAAUAGUUAGAGAGGCUAAAGAUAUAAUUCCAUUUAAAAUAUGUCAUAAUCAAGACAGAAUAAAUGGGAAUUCUAUAUAUUAUAAAUGUAGAACAUGUGAAAAGUCGGAGCAUAGUUGUAUUUGUUCAGAAUGUUUUAAGAAUGGACAUCAUGAAGGACAUGAAUAUCAAGCAUUUGCAUCAACAGGGACAUGUACAUGUGAUUGUGGGAAUGAAAAACUUUGGAAGAAAGAAGGUUUUUGUUCAAAACAUGGGCAUCAAUUUAAAGGGAGUGCCAUUGAAAAAUUACCUGAGUCACUUAAAAAUUAUCCAAAUAAAAUAAUGGAAAUAAUCGAUUAUUUAGGAAGAAUAAUAGAUAAUAAAGAGUCAUUACUUACAAGUGAAAUUUAUUGGAAUGUUCUUAGUUUAUUAAAUCAAUUUAAUGUAUUUUUUUUAAUAAACGCAGAACUUUUAAAUAGAUAUAUUCCUAAAGAAUGGAAAACAGAAUAUCAAGAAAUAAAUAAAUAUGAGUUUAUUUCAUAUUUUGAAUAUUUUUAUCAAUUUUUAUUCUUAAAUCCAAUUACUACAUAUCCAAUACAAAUGCUUGAUUAUAUGACAUUAUUUAUCUCAGAAAUUGAAGUGUUACAUUUUCCUCUUGAAAGAAUACAUGACUUAAUGUUUAUGACAAUAAAUCUUCCCACUACAAAUGAUAUGGUUAGUAUUAAAAUAGCACAAAUUAUUGUAAUGUCACAGUCAAAAGAAGUUUUUUCAAAAGAAAUAUUUUCAACAACAAGAAUGCAAAAAUUACUUUCAUUAAUUAAAAGAUUUAUUCGUCAAUCAAAAAUAAAACCUAUAUUAAUUACUUAUAUUAACAAUUUAAUUUGGGUUGUUGAUUAUUAUUUAUCUGGGACUCAGCCUACUGAAAAUGUUCAUGAAGGAUUAUUAGAAGAUCUUUUAGAUGUUUUAUGUGAAUCAUCAAAUCUCUUUCCUAAUUUAAUUAAAGAAGGAGAACAUGUUGAAUUUGAUGAUACUAGAAUUACUUUUGUUUCAUGGAUACCAAGUUUAAUGAAUGAUAUUUUAAAAAUUAUUAAAGUAUUUACACCUCAUUAUUUAUAUAUUCAUUUUCCAUUAAUUCAUCAAAAAUUAAUGUCUUAUAUUAAUACCAUUUUAGACAAAGUUCCAAUUCUUUUAAUUAACAAUGAAAAAUAUUAUUAUCGUCAAAUAGGAAAAAAUCAAUCUGUUUCUCCAAUUACUUUUAUUCUUCCAUUUUAUACUAAGGUAUUAAUUUUAUUUAAAUUAAAUAACAUAGAAUUUAAUAUUCCAAUUGAAGACUGUAAAAAAAUUGUACAAAUAGCUUUAUUUCCAGUUAUUUAUAAAGAACAAAUUGUUAAUAACGAAUGGAUAAGAAAUGGUACAGAAGUUUUUAUUCAAUAUCAACAAGUAGUAUCAUUAUAUUUAAAAGAACCAUUACUCAAUACAGUUCAAUUACUUCAAUUUUUAGCUGAAAGAAUUGGAUUUGAUUAUAUUUUAAUAGAAAUGAUGAUUGGUAUCCAAAUGCUUAAUUGUGAUUCUUUACUUAAUAAAGAAAUACCUCAGUAUAUUGAGAAAAGAAAAACUAAUUUACAAUAUGAACGUAUUGAAGAAACACAGAAUGAAAAUGAUAACUCAGUUAUUACAAUACAAGAAAUUAAUAAUAUUAUUGCUAAUCUUAAUUCUACGUCUAGACAAACACUAAAUGAAGAUGAAGAAAUUAUAAGAGACGAAUUAUUGAGAAGACUUCAAGAAUAUAUUAAUUCUGACAUACCUAAAAUUCAAAAUCAAAUGAUUAAUGAUGAAACUAAUGAAGAAGAAGAAAAAGAAAAAAGAAUAGAAAAUAAAGAGGAAGAAGAAGAGUUAAACGAUUUAAUAAUUGAAAUAAACGAACCUCUUAAUGAAUUUAUUAAUAAAUAUUUUAUUAAAAACAAUCAACGAAUUACAUCAAUUUUACGAUUAAUUAUUGAAAUAGAAAGAAGUAAUAUUCAUCAAUUUAUUCUUGAUGACACUGAAUUAAUGAAAAUUUAUACUCUUCAUUUGAUUGCAGCGGGAAUAACAAGUGGAAAAGAAAUACUUGAAAGAGUUCCAUAUAAACAUUUACCAUUUGAAAAAUUAUAUGAUGAAAUUUGUGAAAGAAAAGGAGUUAUUAGAAAAGAGUGGAUGGGAAAAAUAAAUCCUGUAUUUAAUUUGUUUGGUGAUAAAGAACGAGAAUCAUUAUUAGAAAAUACAUUAUUUAAACAAAAAUCGAUUAAAAAUCAUAGAUACCAAUAUGAGAAUUAUUAUAACAAAUGGAAUGGAAGUAAAAUAAUAUGUUCUAAUUUAUUAAUAUAUGAUAUAAUAGAAAUUUGUAGAAAAAGAGAAUGUGAUAAUGUAUUAUUAUAUUACAUUUUAAUGUAUUUAUCUGAUGUUCAUUAUUUAAAUAUUCAAAUCAAUAAUAAAGAUACAGAAUUAAUUGAACUUGGGAAAUGGAUUGGAAUAAAUGAAAAAUUAAUUUUUGAAAGUAAAGAAGUAAUCAAAGAAAUUAAUGGACAAAUUAAAAAAGGAUUUGAUCUUAUUGUUCAAGAACAAGAGUUGUCUCCUUCUAAUAAACAAAAGAAUAAAAAAAAACUUAUGUUAAACAAAUUUAAAAAAAUGCAAUCAAAUUUUAAAAUUGAUGAAAUUGAAAUUGAAGAAAUAGAAGAAGAAAUUCAUGAAAAUGAUAUUUGUGUUAUUUGUCAAACACAAAAAGAUAGUCCAUUAGGAAGAAUGAUUGGUAUUAUGACAAAUUGUUCCGUAGAAAUUGAAAGAAAAAAGUCAGGAGGAUUAGUUGCUUGUCCAUUUUGUGUGUCUUCAUGUCAACAUCAUAUUCAUUAUCAAUGUUUUAUUGAUUUAAUUAAAACUCAACGUCAAACAUGUCCAAUAUGUUUAAAAUUCUUUAAAUAUUUUAUUCCAUUAUCAUCAACAAUAAAAAAGUAUCAUCAUUUUGGAGUUAAAGAAGCAGAAGACAUAUUUGAAUUUUUAUUAGUAUCAUGUAAUAAUCGUAUACAUACGUUUAUUGAUAUUAUUUUUUCUACUAUUAUUUCAUAUGAAAUGGUUAUUAGACAUGGUGGAGAAUUAACAAAUGAAGAUAAGGAUAUUGUUAAUUCAUUAUUUUUAGGAGUUAAAGCAUUAAUUCAAAAUGAUGAUACUUUUCAGACAUUCUUUGAAGAAAGAAAAAGAAAAUUUGACCCUUUAAUGUUUUAUAUUUACAAUAGAGCAUUAAAUAAAGAUCCUAAAGAAGUUUAUUUAUCUAACUGUAAUAUUAUAAUGAGUAUUCUUUCUUCAUCUGAUAAACGUUUUCAACUUGAUUCUAUUACUCCAUUUAUGAAAACACUAACAUUAAAAGGAUUAGACCAGUGUGUUUCACUUGAAGAUGCUGUAAAUAAAAUGUCAAUUCAAUUUGAAAAAUGUGUAUCUUUAUUUGAAGAAUGUAUUGAAGGAAAUGUUCCUCAAUUAAAAACCAUUGAUUUUAUCCCACAAGCAGAAGGAGCAGAUUUUUGUAUUCAAGCACCAGCAAUUAGUCAUUUAUUACCGCUUAUUAAUCUUCCAUCAAAUUUUAGUGAAUUUAUUGAGAAAUAUUCUGUAUGUCAAUGUUGUGUAUGUAAUCAACAUAUUUCUAAAUUCUCUGAAAUGAAAAUUUGUAUGAUUUGUGGUAAACCAAUUUGUGAAAGUAACAGUUGUUUUAAAAAUCAUUGCCAAGAAUGUAGUUCUGGUUAUGGAGUUAUUUUUUCAGUAAAAAAAGCAGGUAUUUAUUUAUAUGACCAAGUGUGUCGUGGAAUAGUAGUUUAUGAAAAUAAAUUUGGAGAACCAUAUGACAUUAUAUUCAUUCAACAAUCCCAAUACUAUCUAAAUCAAAAUAAUGUUGAUUCAUUUAAAAAGAAAUUCUAUCGUGGUAAUCUUCUUACAGAUGCAUCAUUUAGUUCAAUGUAA